AAACAAUUUUUUCCUCCUGUCUGUCCACGCCUCCAAGCGGAUUCUCGUGAGGACAAGAGGGAGUUUCUCUCCUCCUCCGCAAACUUGUUCCAAAUGGAACUUUAAUGCACAUCCUUCCGGAUUCUAAUUGGACGCAGUUCUAAUUGCUGCGCAGCGCGCGCCACGGAAGCGUUUGCUGCACGCCAGAGGGAGAAGGGAAGAGAAGGCGUCUCCAUCCUCCCAACAUUUACGCACCGUUACGCAUCGCGCAUGGCGGAAUUGGCGCCGAAUCCGGAAGGGUGCCGUGUCGCCUGACUUCAAGCGGAGAGGCGGGCGGGUGUUUUCCGCCCUUCCUUCCUCCCUGCUCCUCUCCCGGACCAUGGAGCUUCCGAGGCACGUUGGAGUCUCCAGGAUCCUGACGGACACAGAUUGGACUGAACCAUGGCUCCUAGGUCUUGUAUUUUUCCACAUCGCUUACGUCUUCCUCACUUACCUCUCAUUCCAGCACUACCGCCUGCAAAUAGGGCACUUCCUUUCAAUCAUGACCCUGGUAUUCUGUGCAGAAUAUAUCAAUGAAAUUGCGGCUGCAAACUGGAGAUUGUUCUCGAAGCACCAAUACUUUGAUUCAAGAGGAAUGUUCAUUUCCAUAGUGUUCUCAGCACCGUUGCUGCUGAAUGCUAUCGUUAUUGUGAUCGCUUGGGUUUAUAAAACAGUGAAUGUAAUGACAGAACUGAAGACGGCGCAGCUAAAAAGGAAAGCAAGAAGAGAAAAUAAGAAAAGUCAAUAAAUAAUGGUUUCUCCUGUAAAUGUAUGUAGGAGGUCAUUCUUAACAAUGUGAUGUUGAAAGAUUUGAGCUUUGAUUCCCUUUUCUUUCCCAAGUUUUACAGGGUUGGGGUUUUUUGGUCUUUCUCUUAAAUGAUUCUUUUAACUUAAAUUGUUGUCCACUGUGAAUUAUAUCCCAGUACUGUGUGAGUGGAGCAGGACUUCACCUUCCUUCCUUUUUUCUUGCAGCCCUCUGUGUUAGCCCCAAAUCUGCUCUGAAGGUUCCCCCAACCUUCAGGGGUGGGUGGGUGAGAGACAACUGUGGAGGGGAAGGAAGCCAGUUCUGUAGAUGAAUGGGCACAAUUGGAUGCUGCCCUAGGCCAGGCAUGUCCAGCUCUCUAGAGACUGUGAUCUACUCAUUACCAUUGCCAAGAGUUGUCCCCCCCCCCCCGGCAACCAUUCUGCCACUUGAAGCUCGCAACUGGUACCCCAGUGCAACGUUUUGUUUUGUAAAGCAACCGUGAUUGCGAAUCCCAGCAUACUUCGUUGGAUAUCAGUUCCUUUGAUUUAAACUGAGCGUUAUUUUAAAAUAUUUGUACAUCUGAGUUGUAAAUUAAUACUGUAUAUUGCUGUAUAUGCCAUGAAAUGUGUGUAAGUUUACUGUUUUUACAUUAAACUUUUUAUUUUAUUUUA